AUGACAGAUAGUGAAAUAAACAACCAGACUACCAAUUAUUCGAAACGAUUCCAAUCAGGCGAUUGCCAACUCUACGAGAUGGUGCAAUACCAAUGUGAACAUUCGCAAUCGCAAAUAGUUUGUUCACCACUGACGCGGUUAUUCUUAAAGUGUGCAGGCGUCCCUACCGUGGAAGUGACGCCUGAAUAUGAUCAAAAUGGUGAUCCUAUCAUGCCAAAGUAA